AGCUCAUAGAAAGUACACUGUAUGUGGAAUUGUUAUUUUGUAUAAAAGGACCGUAAACUUAUCUGUAAAUUAUAGUUUGUAUCUUUCGUUGAACAAGAGAACUACCAAUCCUCCAUAAAAAUGGCAUUCAAAUUCUUCGCUCUAUUCGCAUUCGUUGCCGUUGCUAGCGCCAUCGAAGUGCAUCAUGCUGGUCCAGUUUACCACUCUGCACCCGUAUACCACUCAGCUCCAGUAUACCAUGCUGCCCCAGUUGUCAAGACCUUUGCUGCUCCAGUGUACAAACAAGUUGAAUACGAAGCACCACCAAAGUACGAUUUCAGCUACUCCGUUCAUGAUGGACACACCGGUGAUGUGAAACAACAACACGAAAGCCGAGAUGGUGAUGUUGUCCAUGGAUCAUACAGCCUCAUCGAUGCUGACGGUUACCAACGUACAGUUGAAUACACCGCCGAUGAUCACAAUGGUUUCAACGCUGUCGUGCACCGUGAACCUCUAGGCCACAAAGUUGUUGCCCCAGUUGCUAAAAUCGUUGCCCCAGUACACAAAUACGUUGCCGCCCCAGUUCAUUAUGCUGCCCCAGCUCACAACUACCAUUACUAAGUGAAAAUGCAAUUUUGAACGAAGUCAUGUAGAUAAUUUAAACGAAGGAAGAUAUUUAUUAAAAAAUUUGAAAAUUGACUUA